GAUAUCACUCGUCUUAGUUCUGGGAUGUUUGAAGGGCUUAGCAACCUCGAAGACAUGGUUUUUCAGAGCAAUUCUAUUGAAGUACUAGAGCCAUCAACAUUCAUUCAUCUAGUAUCUCUUCGUUACCUUGAUCUUCAAUCAAAUUAUAUAUCGUCCUUGCCGAAGGGAGUUUUCAAAGGUCUAACAAAUUUAGAUUCAUUACAUCUGGGUGGAAACAAGAUCGCUUCGAUUAGAAAUUCAACUUUUGUCAGCUUGACAAACCUGACAUACCUAGACCUCAGCGAUAACCCUUUAGUCGUGAUCGACGCCCAUGCCUUCAGAGGACUGUCCCGUCUAGAAACGCUGAUAAUAUCUGAAACGCAAUUGGUCAAUGUAGACGAAGGAGCAGCCUUUGGAACAGAUAACUUACUAGAAUUGACGGCAGAUGACCCCAAGCUGUGUUGCCUCUUCAAGCCAUCUGAAGAUUGCAACACACCACCGAAUCCUUUUGCGACCUGUGAGGGGUUGCUACGCAACACGUUACUGAGGACCUGCAUCUGGCUCAUCGGUAUAAGCGCUCUGGUAGGCAACAUUCUGGUAAUUGCUUGGCGUACCUACAAGCGUAGACUGGACCGCGAAAACUCCGUACAGAUGAACUUCAUCACCAACCUGGCAGUAGCCGACUUCCUCAUGGGCAUGUAUAUGAUUUUCAUCGGCAGUGCAGAUGCUUUUUUCGGUAAGGAUUACUACCUGCAGGCAGCGACAUGGCGCAACAGCUUUGCCUGUAAGUUGUCAGGUUUCGUUGCCAUGGUUUCGAGUGAAGCAUCUGUGUUUCUCCUGGUCCUGAUAAGCCUUGAUCGUUUCAUCUGCAUCGUCUUUCCCUUCGGAAAGUUCCGCUUCCGCACCCGCUCUUCUCGGAUUGCUUUAUGCUUCACGUGGCUCUUGGCUAUCCUCCUCGCCAUCAUCCCCAUCAUCAUCGGCGACCGCAUCAGCGGCUUCUAUGGUUACUCCGAUGUCUGCAUCGGGUUGCCGCUUGUCACCCCAGCAACCGGCUUCCAGGGUGUUUGGGUCGAGUCUGGUGAUGGGGAAACAUUAGACCGCCACUUUGUCUCGACCGGUAAUUCCGGCUGGGCGUAUUCCAACGCGGUCUUUAUCGGUCUAAACUUGAUCUGUUUCGUAGCAGUAUUCGUGUUCUACGUCGCCAUAUUCGUCUACGUUCGUAAGGCCGCCGUGUCGUCUGGCCGGAAGACGGAGCGCAAGAGUGAAAUCAGGAUGGCUAUGAAAAUGGCGGUCAUUGUUGGGACGGAUUUCCUGUGCUGGAUGCCGGUGAUCAUCAUGGGCAUCCUCUCCCAGAGCGGGUCUGCCGUCAUCCCCGUGGUGACGUAUGUCUGGACCAUCGUCUUUGUUCUCCCAAUCAACUCCUCCCUCAACCCUUACCUCUACACCAUCUCCACCAUCAUCCAACAGGGCGGGUCCCGGAAGUCCUCAAUCGGAUCGCAUCGCCACUCGGCCAUCUCGCAGCGGACAAGCCUUUCAGGAGGGAACAGCCAAGCACAGGAAUGUUUGAAGUCGACUACGCAACAAUGAUCAGUGGAAUAGGCCCAUGCAACAUUGAUUUUUUUUCUAAAUCUUUCAUUCUUCUUUUAGCUGCAUAUACCUCAUAAAUCAAGUGAUGCAAAUCAUUCCGUUGAACCUGAAGGAAAAUGGGAGUAUUCUCAAUGUUAUUUUAAAGCCAGUUGAUAUAAUUAUACAUAAAUAUGGUUUCGGAUUUUCUAUUUUUUGCUCAUUUUUCUCUCUCCCCCUUCUCUCU